GAAGGGUUAAUUGGUUCAUCUAUUACAAGCAAACGAAGAAAUCGUGAGAUCACGCGUAAACAACAAGCCGGUAACAUGUAUGCAGUUGUGUUCAAACAAGAAGCAGCGCAUGAUGAUGCCAUUUGGUCGUGUGCUUGGCAAUGCAAUGAUAAAGAUGGUGUUGACAACAUUGUGACUGGUUCUGUUGACAAUACUGUCAAGAUUUGGAAAUGGACGAAUGAUGAGCUGGAGCUACGGCAUACAUUAGAAGGUCAUCAGCUUGGCGUUGUAUCUGUUGACUUGGACUGCCAUGGAAAGAUUGCAGCGUCAAGUUCACUUGACAGUUGUAUUCGACUCUGGGACAUAGAAUCUGGACAGCAGCUGAAAGCGAUUGAUGCUGGCCCAGUGGACUCGUGGUCAAUCACCUUCUCUCCGGAUGCCCAGAUACUAGCUACAGGCAGCCACACGGGCAAGAUCAACCUGUAUGGAGUGGAGUCCGGAACAAAGAAGUCUGAACUUGAGACAAGGGGAAAGUUCACUCUCAGCAUUGCAUAUAGCCCAGAUGGAAAGUAUCUUGCAAGUGGUGCCAUAGAUGGAAUUAUUAACAUAUUUGAUGUGACAACAGGAAAGGUCAUUCACACAUUAGAAGGCCAUGCAAUGCCUAUCAGAUCGUUGGCAUUCUCUCCCGAUUCUCAGCUGUUGGUUACUGCCUCAGACGAUGGACACAUAAAGAUGUAUGACGCGCAAAAUGCUCACCUUGCGGGUACGCUAGCAGGCCAUGGGUCAUGGGUGCUGAGUGUUGCUUUCUCUCCAGAUCAGAUGCAUUUCGUUUCAAGCUCAUCGGAUAAGACAGUAAAAGUGUGGGAUGUAGGCAAGAAACAGUGUAUACACACAUUCACUGACCACACUGAUCAGGCGUGGGGAGCCCGAUACAAUGGCGAUGGGUCCAAGCUAGUUUCAGUUGCUGAAGACAGGGCUAUACACAUCUAUGACUGUCCAUUGUGAGUUGGUCCAUAUCUCACACGUUUGUGAGCUGUUGUAUACAUGUAUGUAUGGGAAGCAAUGCAUUUUUUAUCAAAAUAUCUGAACAUUAGUCUGUAACCACUCGCAAAUUAUCAACUCGACCUGUUACGACUUUGACAUUGAAAUUUGCAUUGUGCGAUUGAUAGUAAAAUCUGAACAUAAAUUUAGUAUUAGAUAAAUCUCUAUACGUUAGUAAUAGUCAGUCACCCAAAAAAUAUUGCUAUUUUGCAUGGGAUAUGUUGAGAUGUGAAACAUGCAAAAAGUAAACAUGUUGUUCAUGAAUACUUUGCAAAAAUAUGGUAACGUGAAAAUGUGUAAAUAAAGGAUAAAUGGCUUGUUUUAAAAUAA